CCCCACCCCUCUCCUUCCGUCGCUCUCCGCACACAUUCGCUGCCCGUGUUUUUUUCUCCUCCUGCGUUUCCUCGGGAGUGAGAGGAGGAACGGGAAGGGAAGAAUGAGGAAGAACUCCGCCGUGCUGCGCGCCCUGUCCCAACCAAUGCGGGUUUGCUGAUGAGGCGCCGCUCCGGUCAACAGAUGACACAGGACGCCCGGGUCGCGGCGCGUGGAAACGAGGAGUAGGCAUCGGCACAUAACAACGGCAACAAAUCACAAGCUGCGGGUGCACGGGGAUCCGGACGUCUCCCCUCCUCCUGUGUGGAUACGCCGUCUUGGCUGGCGUAUAAGAGCUCCUUGCGUCUGCAUUAGCAUUUCCCACUCCUCGCUUACCUCUACUACUACUCCGCCUCUUACUCCGUGUACUGCUAGUGGUACUAGUAGAGCUGCGUUUACUACUGAGCGCUCUCCUCCGCUUCGUGGACACUUUCCGGACAGAAAGGUUCAAGAUCUUGAUUAGUUGUCACCUGACGUUAUUGGUCUGGACGUCGCCAUGGGCCGCAGGGAUUCUUCCUCCCUCCUGUCCCCUGCCUUCAGGCUAGCAGUCAUCACGGCGAUCCUCCUCCUCAAGCUCCAUCCUUCACUGGCUGGUGCCCCUCCGGAGACGAGCUUGGGCGACUCCGUUUCAGCUGUGUCCACCAAUAAAACCGAGUGCAGCAAGGCGGAGCAGUGCACGAAGGGGGUGCUGCUGCCUGUGUGGGAGCCCCAGAAUCCAUCAUUUGGCGACAAGGUAGCUCGGGCAACGGUUUAUUUCGUGGCUCUGGUCUACAUGUUCCUGGGUGUAUCCAUUAUCGCCGACCGGUUCAUGGCAUCAAUAGAGGUCAUCACUUCACAAGAGAAGGAGAUCACCAUCAAGAAACCCAACGGGGAAACCACCACGACCACUGUUCGGAUCUGGAACGAGACCGUCUCCAACCUUACCCUCAUGGCCCUGGGCUCUUCAGCUCCUGAGAUCCUGCUGUCUGUCAUAGAAGUUGUGGGUCAUGGGUUCCAUGCUGGCACUUUAGGCCCCUCCACCAUUGUGGGCUCUGCAGCGUUCAACAUGUUCGUCAUCAUUGGGCUCUGCGUGUAUGUGGUGCCUGAUGGCGAAACCAGGAAGGUCAAGCACCUGCGAGUUUUCUUCGUCACAGCCACCUGGAGCAUCUUCGCCUACAUUUGGCUCUACUUGAUCCUGUCGGUGAUCUCGCCCGGCGUGGUGCAGGUGUGGGAGGGGCUGCUCACGUUCUUCUUCUUCCCCAUCUGUGUUGUGUUCGCCUGGGUGGCCGACCGACGCCUGCUGUUCUACAAGUAUGUGUACAAGCGCUACCGCACUGGCAAGCAGCGGGGCAUGAUCAUUGAAACCGAGGGUGAUCGCCCACUUCCUUCCAAGGUUGACAUUGAAAUGGACGGGAAGAUGCUGAACUCUCACGGCGUCGACUUCCUGGAUGGGCCGCUGGGCCUGGAUAUAGAUGAAAAGGAUCUGGAUGAGGAGGAGACACGAAGAGACAUGGCCAAAAUUCUUAAAGAGCUCAAGCAGAAACACCCAGACAAGGAGGUGGAACAACUAAUUGAACUCGCCAAUUACCAAGUCCUGAGCCAGCAGCAGAAGAGCCGUGCUUUCUACCGAUGCCAGGCCACCCGCCUCAUGACAGGCGCGGGCAACAUCUUGAAGAAGCACGCAGCCGAUCAGGCCCGAAAGGCGGUCAGCAUGCACGAGGUUCGCUCCGAGGCCGGGGAGAAUGACCCCAUCUCCAAGAUCUUCUUCGAGCCGGGCUCCUACCAGUGCCUGGAGAACUGUGGCACGGUGGCGGUCAACGUGGUGCGGCGCGGUGGCGACCUGGGCAAGACGGUGUCUGUGGAGUACCGGACGGAAGACGGCACCGCCAACGCCGGCUCCGACUACGAGUUCACAGAGGGCGUGGUGGUCUUCAAGCCCGGUGAGACGCAGAAAGAGAUCCGCGUGGGGAUCAUCGACGACGACAUCUUCGAGGAGGACGAGAACUUCCUCAUCCACCUUUCCAACGUCAAAGUGCUGACCUCGGAGGGGGAGGAGCCGGAGGAAGGCGAGUCAGCCAAUCACGUGGACUCGGUGGCCUGCGUCGGCCUGCCCUCCACCGCGACCGUCACCAUCUUUGACGACGACCACGCCGGUAUCUUUACGUUUGAGGAGCCUGUGUUCCACGUGAGCGAGAGCGUGGGCACCAUGGAGGUGAAGGUGCUGAGGACGUCGGGCGCCCGCGGCGUGGUCAUGCUGCCAUACAAGACGGUGGAGGGGACGGCGCGAGGCGGCGGCGAAGACUUCGAAGACAUUCACGGCGUCCUGGAAUUUCAGAAUGACGAGAUCUUUAAAACCAUCAAGGUGAAAAUAAUCGAUGAUGAGGAGUACGAGAAGAACAAAACGUUCUACAUAGAGAUCCGAGAGCCUCGCCUGGUGGAGAGCAACGACAGCAAGGGACAGGAGGAGGAGGAACAGCAGAAGGAAGUGGAGGAGGAAGAGGAGGCGCUGACGGGGAAGGACGAAGAGGAGCGGCGCAUUGCGGAAAUGGGCCGGCCCAUGUUGGGAGACCACGUCAAGCUGGAGGUCGUCAUAGAGGAGUCGUACGAGUUCAAGAACACAGUGGACAAGCUGAUAAAGAAGACCAACCUGGCUCUGCUGGUGGGAACCAACAGCUGGAGGGACCAGUUCAUAGAAGCCAUCACAGUGAGCGCUGGCGAGGACGACGAUGACGAGGAGUGUGGGGAGGAGAAGCUGCCGUCGUGCUUCGACUACGUCAUGCACUUCCUCACCGUCUUCUGGAAGGUCCUGUUUGCCUUCGUCCCCCCCACAGAGUACUGGAACGGCUGGGCCUGCUUCGUGGUGUCCAUCUGCAUGAUCGGACUUCUCACCGCCAUUAUCGGAGACUUAGCUUCUCAUUUUGGCUGCACAGUGGGACUGAAGGACUCGGUGACAGCAGUCGUCUUCGUUGCAUUGGGAACCUCUGUUCCAGAUACGUUUGCCAGUAAAGUCGCUGCCAUCCAGGAUCAGUAUGCGGAUGCAUCCAUUGGCAACGUGACAGGAUCCAAUGCUGUCAAUGUUUUCCUGGGGAUCGGGGUGGCGUGGUCCAUCGCCGCCAUCUACCACAGCAGCAAGGGGGAGGAGUUCCGGGUGGACCCGGGCCGGCUGGCGUUCUCCGUCACGCUCUUCACCAUCUUUGCCUUUAUCUGCGUGGCCGCGCUGAUGUACAGACGGCGGCCAGAGAUCGGCGGGGAGCUGGGCGGGCCCCGGACUGCCAAGGCCCUGACCACCAUGCUGUUCUUCAGCCUGUGGCUCAUCUACAUCCUGUUCUCCUCACUAGAGGCCUACUGCCACAUCCAGGGCUUCUGAGAUGAUGAGUGGUUGCUGGAAGAAACCGAGGGGAGCUGGAUGAACGGAUGGAAAUAAAGGCUUGCUCAUUGAUACAUAAUUCCCUCCCUUUACGCAGUAGACUAACAGAUGGAUGAGUAUAUGGAUGUAUAGAUGAAGGAAUGUAGAGCACACUACAUCAUCUAAAAACUGAAUGGAAAGGAGUUUGCAUGCAUGAACGGAUGAAUGGACUGGAGAAUCUCAGGAGCUAGAGAGAAAGCUCAGAAUAUGAAAAAGUGGAACUAACUAAGGAAGACAUUUAUCUCCCAGUAUACAUAUAUGAAUCCAAAUGAAUCAAGCUGUCUUAAGUCCACCUCUCUUUCAAAUACUGUACAUAAAACAAACCCAUGCCCAUAGAAUGAAGACACUGAAUGUGUCCCAGCUUGACACUGGAUCAGAUGGACUCCAUCACAGCUGCGAGGAUGCGACGCCAUUAGAUUCUUCGCGCGGAGCAGUCGGUCUCGGCGCUCGUCCGCAUCCGCCGGGAGCAGAAGCACCGCGUCAGUUUGUACGUGCAUGAAAAGAACCAAACCUGAAGGAGCGGAGUUCAUAACUGUUUAAUGACGGCAAACUGUGAGUGCGAGUGUGUGUUUCUGUGCUUGUGUGUUGUUGGAAGAUGGUCAAGUACUGUGAGAAAAACAAAAAAGGAGAAGAAGAAGCCUUUUUGGUUUUGCUGCGCGACACAGGACACGCUUCGCAUUCAGGGUCCGUGUGACUCCUGCAGCCUGUAGAAACGCAGAGUAGGAUUCUUUGGUGUAGGACUCAACCCAGCCAACGGUUGAGCUUAGAAAUAUGUAAAUACAAAGGGUUGAAUGUCUCGGUUUUGCCAUGUGCUUCUAACAGACCCUCCUUACGUUGCUUUAUACUGUAGAUGUAAAUGGUUUGGACUCGUUUGAGUGCGGGAGGCGUUAGUGUGCUUUUACCUUUAAUAGGCCGCGUCUGAGAAGACGCAGCGGCCGCUCUACCGUUUAAAACUGUUAGAAGAAACCACCACUUUGCAUCAAUAUCUAGCGUUAGGGGCUUAAUCGUGUGUUGUAGAAUUUGUUAACUGGUUUUCCGCCGAUGAGGCUGACUGUCUAUGCGUGAGUCACAACAUGGCAAUAGGCUUUGAAUUGAUAGGUACCGCCCUCUGUGACGCCUGGUGUCCGCUUCGCUGCCUCCGCCGUCGUUUAUCACCUUUACGCCGCUUGGUUCCGUCCCCGUGUCUUAAGCUCCUCCCCCUGGCUGGUCAGUGGACCAAUCCAAUCCUUAAGGGCUUUGUAUGAAACAACCGCUAAUCCCCAACCCAGACCCUGGAGCUCUGAUCCCUGUGGAGGCAUUUGACGACUCAUUCUUAAACACCAACUUUAACAUCAGCUGUGGCUUCAGGCUUAAAACAUCUCGUCAGUAUUUAAAGUGGUCGGUUGAAGGUUGGGCUUUUGCAGGUGGGCGUGUCCCAGCUGAUUAGAAGAACCUGCACCAAACUGCAGUGAGCCUUGUUCCAGAUGAAACCCUCUUCACUCAUUAUGCUUAAAAAGGAAGCAAUAAACACCCACUGUGUGCGACUCCUUCAUUUAAGGGCAUGUCUUUGCUACAGGUCAGGAUACUGACGAACUGUUCAGCAACUCACCAACAGCCUCCGCUCAGAAGCAUGAGGCAAGAAAUCAAGAAUUACAGCAAAAUGCCCCAACAGGAAGUAAUUAUCCUGAUCUUCCCUUUUGCAAGCGUUGUUGCUGUGAUCUCUUUAUUUCUUGAGUUUCGACGGCACAGGGCUCUGCUCCACUUCACCGACCUUUAGGAGUGAGUGUUGGUCCAAAUGAGGCUCAUUAUUUGGAACAAGCUGAUGUAACCCCUUAAAAAGCUCCUGAUACCAGCGACUGGCUCAACCACUUAUCUGACUUUAUGAUCAUAUCACAGCUCCUGCCUUGGCCUCAUAGGACUUAAAAAGCGACCAGAGCCUGAAAUCUCAAGCAAAGCAGCUGGUCAAAAUGAAUCAACACCAUGGUUCAUGAACACUGAGUAAAACAAAAACAUAAAAGUCUGGCGCAAAACCCUGAAAUAUGUGUUGAAAAUAAAUGUGCUGGUCUGGACUGAAGGAGAGAUUUACACCUAAGACUGUUAACUGUUCUACUCCUUCAGCUGAAACUGAACCAAACGUUAGUGAAGUCAUUCUAAGUCUGUGGUUUGUUACAUGGCACCAAACUGUAAACUCCUCAAAUGGCCCCCGUUCCUGCUGAUGCUGUUUCUUACUUAAUGUGAAUAUAAGUAUAAUAAUGAUGAGUGUUAUCAGCGCCGUCUGUGCGGAGCCGCAGGGGGUCCAGUUAACCCACCCUCGCCCCCGUUUCCCACCCCUGUGAGGGAGCCGAGCCGAGCUGUGGGUUGGACGGGUCCGGUGAGUCCACGGUGCCGCUCAGAUGAGGCCCGUGGAGCGAGCGACUGCAGAACACCUGGAAGAACCGCAGCUGUGAAGGAGACGUGGACUCGCCAGACUCUGAACAAACCACCGCUCCGUCUCGCCUGAAGGCCUUGGAGUCGCAGUUUACCCCUGUUUGUGAAAGGGAAACGUUUCUAUCAGUAUUCGCAGCUGAAUCUGUGAAUGCUUUUAUUACCAAUGAAUCUUUCUUAAAACACCAAAUAUUCUUCACACGUCAUUGGUCCCUUCCCUGUGGAGCUGAAGGCUUUCACGCUGUAAAAAGUGAUGCUAGUCAGUAUGUGGAGGCUGUUUGAGUGACUUAAACAUGCGUCGUGUUGGGUUCACUCCAAGCGGCUGAUCUGAAGUGGCAGUUUGCUGUUGUCCACUUGCUUUACAUUAGUUUGCUGCACUUAAUUUGUGAGGAGCUGAAGCUUCCGCUGCGCUGAUUUAGCUGCGUCGCCUCUCGCUGUUUCUACCUUCACCCCAGAGCUCAUCCGACCUGGAGCUGCAGAAUCACAGCAGCGCCGCGGGUUCGGACCGGGUUCUGGUCUGAGUGGAACCGCAGCCGCGUGUGAAUUCAGCUUCCGGCCGUUUGAGGUUUGAGGGUCAAAGGUCACAGCUGUACCUGUGUAUAUAUAUAACACGAAGAGCCGCUGAAGAGUAGUAAACUGUAGAUUAUUAGUUGUUUUUAUCCUUCUGUGGUGACGUUUGAACACGUGGGCGGGUUUUAGAUGAAGAUAAAGCACUGCACUGUUUUUUUAAGCUUUGGUCAAACAGCUACAGCUUCUUUAUCAAAGUCGCUUCUGACGUAAACAAGAUAUUUUUCACUCCGAUGUACACAAUAAUAAUGUACCUGAUGUAAAAAGUACUAUAACGUGUUGGAUCGGCCGUGACUCGUUGACAUGUGGCUUCUAAAGCAGAGACGGAGCUUUUGUGGCCUCGUUCACCGACGCUCCGUCAGAGACUGAGGAAGAGGAAACGCCGAGCACGGACAAACGGGCCGUUGGUUCCGUCUGAGCGAGCGCUGCUGCAGCCGCCAAUGUACAGUAUGGAGGAGAAAAAACAUUAGCGGAGCUUCUCUAACCUUAAGGUGACAAUAAAGGACUAUUAAAAGGAUGAAGAUGACGACGGGAGGAGGAGGAAGAUGAUGAAUAAAAAAACAUGAAGUUACAGCCAUACCUUGAUUUCUGGGUCAGCGGGACCGAAGCGGACCUCUCCUGCCCAGCAUGUGUAUUGUUCUGGUGUCUCUGUGUCUCCUCCCCUUCGUCCUUCUGUGUCGCUGCUGCCAAACUAACCGAAACGGGCCGCGGCCUUUACCCCCCUCCCCUCGUCUCCCCCCUCGUCUCCCCCCUCGUCUCCCUGCGCCAUGGUUUCAUGGUUUCCAUGUUUUGGAAUGUCGAUGUGCUACUUGUUGACACUGUGCAUGAAUGAUAACACGUCUGUAUAUAGUUAUAGAGAAUCGUAUCCCACCCCUGGUGUUGACUAAAGGGUUUGAAUGUUGUACAGAAUCAGGUUCUUCGGUUUCUUCUGUUCUGUUCUCUGACAUUUCUCACGUACGUUGAGCCAACGGCAGCGUCUUGAGUUCCACUAAAUGUAUUCUUCUUCUUUGGGGGUAUAACUUGCACAUUACCGAUAAGUUAAGGAGUUUUCCUUUGUUAAAAAGGCAAUAUCUGCUGUUAUUGAAUGACAGAUGAGGUCUUACAUGAGUAUCUAUCUAACGACGUAUACGGGAGCUGCAUGGGUUAUUUGUACAGAAGACACUGCUUGCUACUUCUAAUAAUGUGGCUGUGGGAGAGGAAUACUGUAUGUACAACUAAAGGUUAUUUUGUCAUGACAGAAGUAAUAAUAUUGUGUAUAUACUGUACAGUGUUAUAAGUGAGGGAGACGAUUAAUGCUACGUAUUUAUUUAAAGGAGACAAAAACACUCACUACACUCAAGAAUGACAUAUAUUGCCUUUUUGGAGACGUAGUUUGCUUGAAGCCCAUUUUUCUCCCUCACUGUCUCUCUCUGUCUCUCUGUCUCUCUCUCAUUCUCCCUCUCUCUCGCUCUCUCUCUCUCUCUCUGUAUCUCUCGCUCUCUUUGAUUGUCUCUCUCCCUCCCUCUCUCUCUGUCUCCUUCUCUCUCUCUCUCCCCCCCCCCUCUCUCUCUCUCUCUCUCUCUCUCUCUCUCUCUCUCUCUCCCCCUCUCUCUCUCUCUCUCUCUCUCCCCCUCUCUCCUCUCCCCCUCUCUCUCGUUCUCUCUGUCUCCUUUUCUUUCUCUCUGCCUGUUGCUUUUCUUUUUCUGCCUCUUUCCCACAGACUCUGUGUUGUGUUCAUUCCUGCUUGUGUUCACCUGUUUCCUACUGGUUCUAUACAGUAGUCAAAGACUCGAGGCCUUGAGUCUGUGCUUUGCUGGUGAUUCGCAGCCUGUAAAUCCGUCCCUUCCAUCUCUGUCUUCUCAUUUCCCUCGUUUGUCCACGCUCGCCCUCCUCCUUCCCUCCGGCCUUUUUUCUCUGCUCUGCCUGUGGCUUCGCUCUCACAGGGUGUAGUAGUGUAGGUGUAGUCAGGACUUUUUUAUUUAGUGUUUGCUUUGUUUUUUGGAACAAUAACCACAGUUACAGUGUUGGUGUCAAUGAAGAAUUUACGUUUCGUUUAGUUUUUUAUUCUCAUUUGCUGCUGUCCUCUGUUUGUUUGUUUGUUUGUUUGUUUGUUUGUUUGUUUGUUUGUUUUGGGGUUUUUUUUUUUUUUUUUUAACACCAACUGAUAAGAGGAAAUUUGCUGUAUGUGUGUUGCCACUAACUGUGACUGCUCUCCAUGGUACAUGGUUCUUCUGAUAAAACCAAUAAAAUAAAGUUUGGGAUACCCUGUUUCAGA